AUGCACAAGAUCUCCAACUUCACCGGCCAGGCUCGCCAUGGCUGGGAACGCAUGACGCCCACCUUCGGCAUGUCCAGGCCCCAGCAGGAGGCUCCCAAUGCGCAGCCCUUUCGCCGUCCCCAGGGGCCCGGACAGCCGCCUCCACAGUCCCAUCACCAGCAGCAUUCGCCCCAACAACAGCAACAGCCGCAGCAACAGCAACCACAACAGCAGCAGCAGCAGCAGCAACAGCAGCCAUCGCAGUCUGUCUCGCCAAACCCGACUAGCGGUGCCAGCACCCCCGCUGGUGCUGUCCUGUCUGCUCCGGCUUCCAUAGAACCGCCAACGAUCAACGUCUCCUUCAACAUCCCGUUCUCGUCGAACCUGCCCGGACCGGACCCCGCAGAUGUCCUGCAUUCGUCUCCAGGUGCUUUCCAGCGAUGGACCUUCCCCGAGGGAACUUUGGAGGGAACUCCGAUCCAUCGUCUGCCCGUGCACACGCAGCAUGUCGACUCGCUGCGUAAGUUGUGUCGUCAGAUGAGUGAGAGUAGUGGAGGACGACUGGAGGCUACUGUCACCUCGUCCGAGCCAAAGAUGGCUUCUUCCAUGCAGAGACGUCACCAUGGCCUAGUGACCAACGUGUGCAUCUCUGGAGAAGCGGACCUCGUUCGGGAGAUGAGGGCCACGAUUUACAAGGAGACGCCCAUUGUCCUGCGGAGCUUAACUGUCGACGUUGACCUUGACAUUGUCUUCCACCAGGAUAGAGAGUCUAUCCGGAAGAUAGUGCUCGAACAUAUCGAUAUACUAGCAAAUUAUACAGGGGCAGAUAUCUUCCUCCUCAGUCCCAGGGUUGUCGAUGCCGAUAGUGCUAUCGUUCCCUCUUACGGGUACUCGAGCGAAACCAGCCUAGAGCGUACUUUCAGAAUCGCCAUCUUCAGCGAUGCCGAGAGCGCGGAGCAUGCCAAAUCACGGGUCUUGAUCAUGAUUGACCAGAUCCUGAAACGUCGUGUCGACUUGGUGAAGCUGGAAUUGAGUACUCACUUCCUCGUCUGCGGCCGGACUCGCAAGAACAUCAAGAUGAUUGAAGCCGCUACGAACACGGCCAUCUAUUUCCCCCCUCCAUUCCCCCGUAUAUACGGCUACACGCCUCCAGGUGCCACCCGACGCUGUGAGGAUGAAGUCUACAUCACCGGCUGUAAGCAGGAAGAGAUAAACGUCGUCAAGCAGAAACUGCGUGAUCUCGUCAACGUACUCAAGGUUUAUGUCAAGGAAGCUAUCAUCCCGCCGGAGAAAAUCGAUAGCAUCAUCCUCGAGCGUCUCGAUAAGGUCCAGAAGGUUAUGGAGGCCAAUGGCUGCUUUGUCCUACUUCCUCAACUAGGCAGUGGGGUCAGCGCCAUCCGCGUUCAAGGAACCGACGUGCUGCAUGUCGAGCGCACCAUUCGGGAGCUCAUGACCGUUGCUGGUCAAUUUUACGGUGCUUCCUGGUGGCUCAUGACAGAUAACCCGCAGAUGCGAGCUCCGUCCCCCGCAGAUGUCAGGACCAUGCUUUCUGACAUCUGUGCCAACUCCGGCGCUGACGUUACGUUUGACAAACUGACCUUCCACAUCCAUGGCUCAGACGACUCCGUCAAGGCUGCCAUGAUGGUGAUCUAUCAGAUCCCCUUCGUUAAACGUUCCACGCAGCACAUGAAAGUCAAGGUCGAGCUCGCCAACGAACACAAGGAGUUCGUUAGCGGAAAGAAGAACGGCAAGAUCAACAAGAUUAUGAGCCAAAUCACAGGCAAUGUGCAAAUCAUCUUCGACGGCUUCAACGAAUACAACUUCUACAUAGAUGUGUGUUCACAACACUAUGAGGCUGUUAAGCAAGCUCUCCACCUGGUCGAACAAGAAAUGCCGGCCUCCAUCUCCUUCCAUGUCCCAGACCAAUACCACAAGCGUAUCAUUGGCAUUGGCGGCCAACAUAUUCAGCGUGUCAUGAAAAAGUAUUCUGUGUUCGUUAAGUUUUCCAACGCAAUGGACAGAGGUGGCGCUGGUAAAGAUGAUGACGAUAUCCGAGUCGAGAACGUUAUCUGCCGCACCCCUGCAAGGAACGCCCAGAACCUUGAAUUGGUCAAACAAGAGAUUAUGGACAUGGUUGAGAAAGUCGAUGCGGAGUUUGUCUCGGAGACCGUCGUCGUCCAGCGACUCUACCAUCGGGAGCUGAUUGCAAGGAUGCCGGAAAUCGAUGAGUUGGAGAAGAAGUGGAACUGCAAGAUCGACUUCCCAAGCACGGAGACAGCCAGUGACUUCGUCACCAUCUCAGGCCCUGAAUAUCAGGUGCCUCAGGCCGUUGAUGCCUUCUUGGGAAUGGUUCCUCAAAGCCACGCAAUGAUAUUCGGCAUCUCCGAGGAGCUUCGUGCAUUCUUCCUUACACCUGAAUUCUCCGACGGCAUAUGUCGAAAUCUCCGCGAGCAGUACGAAAUCGAACUUUCAUUGGGACCGGCGACCUUCCAAGCCAUUGCCAACCCAGAGAGCACCAAACCUCUUACUGAAGAUACUCUCGAGAUGAGGUACACCCGCAAUAACUCUGGUGGCAUAAAAGAUGUCGUUGACUUCCUUAUCUCCCGUCUUGUUCCCUACGGUUUGGACGCCACAACAGUCAAAGGCUCCAUUCCCCGGCCCAAAUCCGACUCCUUUGAAGACUCUCUCCCUUUCUUCGAUUCCAAGCUCCUCCAACAUGCUCCCGCCCCGCUUGUCGCCGACUCACCUAUCCGCGCUAACUUCGCUACUGACGACUCUACCGAUCGCGGCUCCAUAUUUGGCCGUCUCAGGAAACCAGGUUCCAUUGCAUCCUUCUCCUCGUUCAUCGGCAGAAAGAACCAAUCAUCCUCGCCUGGAUCUCUGUUCAAGCAUGCAUCUAGCAAUGCUUCCAAGGCCUCCCUUGUCUCCAUGGAAUCCCGAGACAGUGGAUACCGCAACCCUUGGAACGACUCCGGUGUCAACCUCGCCAAGGAUGACAUGCUGAAUCCUUCAGGCGGUAGCGGAUGGCCAAGCCGGUUUGACAAUAAGUUUCCCUUUGGGACGGGCGGCGCCGGAUCCGUUUCCGGCGGCGAUAUGACCCCUAAACACGACCUACGUGCUUCGUUCGACAGCGGACGACCGAGCACCUCCAACUCAUACUCUGCUCCGAUCGGACCUCCUCGCUAA